UUUUUCAAAAAUUCAAAAGCCGUUUCCUCGCUUAAAAUGUUAUCUUCGAAACGAGAGCUUGUUCGUUAAAAUCGGUCAAGAAUUAUGCCUGUACUUCUUGUUAUUGUAAACCGUAAGAAAAUCAGAGUUGAUAAAUAGUCUUAAUCGAUUGGAUAUAUUCGAGGUUGUACGCAAGUUCAACAGUGAAAAAUAUGUCAGUAGAUGUAACAAUAUGAAAUGAUAAAAUACAAACUAUGCACCUGAUUAAGAAGUACAAGAUUAAGAAUCCUUUAAAUUAACUUUAGUGAAAAUGCAUUUUUCUAUACCAGACACCCAAGAAUUCGUAGAUGCAGCUAGUAACACAUAUGUUGGCUAUAAUAUUCAUAUUAAUGGAUUAUUUCAUUGUACUGUACGAUACAAGCAAUUGCUUAAUUUACACGAACAGUUAGUAAAAGAUGCUGAUGUUCCUCUUCCAACAUUUCCUCCAAAAAAGUUCUUUCCUCUAACCAUGACUCAACAGGAAGAACGUCGUGUUGGUUUAGAAAAAUAUAUUCAGACGAUAGGACAGAAUCCGGUAAUAAAUUCUUCAGAAUUAUUAAAUGGAUUUUUAUUAAAUGCACAACAAGAAGCUGUGAAUGGUCCAUUUGAGAACGAGUAUUUAGAUGUAUUUCUUUCAAAUGAUUAUAAAGUAACCAUUAAUGUUUCUACGAAAGAAAAUUCUGGACAAGUUCUAAAGAAAGUAUAUGACCGUAUUAUGUUACUGAACCAUUUGCAUCCUUACUUUGCUUUGUUUAUUAUUGUGCAAGAAGAUAACAAUGCAAUUGUAUUGCGGAAGUUACAGGAUUUUGAAUCUCCUGUUAUAACAUAUAAAAACAUGUGCACUCUAGGUAUUCGAGUAGUACUUGGAAAAAAUUAUUGGGAUAUUGAGCAUGAUUUAGAAAUAUUAGAUGAUUCGGUAGGUUUGAGUUUAUUAUACAACCAAACAGUAGCAGAAAUUCAAAGGGGAUGGAUCUUAAUUACAGAUGAAAUGCAAAAUCGCUUGGAAAAUUUACAAAAAAAAGGAAUAAAAAAAGAGUAUAUGAAGAUUGCACGCACUUUGAAAUAUUAUGGUUAUGUACAAUUUGUACCAUGCUUUUGUGAUUAUCCUCUACCAGAAUCAAAGGUAAUAAUUGCCAUUGGUAAAAAUGAAUUAAAUUUACGUGUAUUAACGUCCGAUGAUAAACCACAAGAAAUAGCAUUUAAGGUAACGAGAAUGCGAUGUUGGCGUAUAACUACUUCACAAAAUGGUAUAGACAGAUACGAUCAUCACGACCAUUUUAAUCUUGAACUAUCUUUCGAAUAUUUAAUAGCAAGGAAUCAAUUGCAAUGGAUUACAGUUUCUUCUGAUCAGGCUAUUUUAAUGUCUGUAUGUCUGCAAUCUAUGAUAGACGAAUUGUUAUUAAAAAGUACAGAUGGCAACAAGCAUCAGGAACCACAAAAAAAAUCAUGGACGUAUAUAAUGAGAGAUGGGCAUAGCCGUAUCGUCAUGGGAGCAGGAUCAAUAGAAAAUAUUGACGAAGAAAAACAACAAGAUGAAGUUCAUUCCACUACUGGAGUAGAACCUAUUAUCAAAAAAUUAACAGACAGGUUGUCAAUUAUGAAACUAAAGAAAUCUAGCGAUGACAAAACUAUCGUUUAUAAACAUGAAAGAGGACGCACAAGAGAAUGUGAUAUUGUGGAAAAUAAUGCAUUUUAUACGAUAGGAGAUGAAGAUUUAUAGUCUCUUAUUACUUGUUAUUUUAAAGAAUUAAACGAACGUUUGUUCGACAGGUUCUAUAUUAUAUUUUAUAUAAUAUAAUAACUUUUUUAUUAAUCUAUAUGUAAUUGCGACUAAAAAACUGAUGAUAUUAAGACUACAACGAGUAGGCAUCAAAAUUUGUGAUAUAUUUGUAUACAAAUUAAUAUGAACUAAGUUUCUGUAAUAUAUUGUAUAUUGCAAAGAUAUUUAUGCGAUAAGAAAAUACGCAAAUAUUCUAAUUUUUUUAAAUAUGAAAUCAAAUAUGAUAUUGAUUAAAGUUUCAAUAAGAAAUUUCUAAAAAAAAAUUAUCAAUUUAUAGAAAACAUACUCUUUGUAAGCAUUUCUUUGCAUUUAUUAUUUUUUAACGAUAUCAUAAAAUCUAAGUGUUUUUAAUGUAAUGAUAUUUUUUUGAUAUUAAACUAAAAAAGAAAAAAAAAAGAUAUUAAACGUACACUGAUAAAAAUUUGUAAUACUAACUAACUUCUUAUAUUUUUAUAAUGAAAAUUUUUAUAAUGGAUCACUUACGUAAAUCAAACCUGAAUGAUUAAAAAGUUAAUAACAGCA